AUGCCGUCUGCUCCAGUGUAUGAGGAUGUCUGCACUGUGUACACCACGGUUUACUACUAUGCGUCGGCAUUGCCUGUUCCCGCUGCCAACUCAACUGUCUACAUGUCUCCCUCCCCUCUCCCAUAUUCGUCAUCGUCGACGCCCUGUGCAGAGAGCUCAACGCCUGUUUUAACCCCAACCAAGGAGGCAUACACCCCCCCUCCCGUUUACUCCGCACCGCCAUCAUCUUAUGUCGCCCCUGUCUACUCCUCAUCCCCCGUUUACUCUGCUCCCGCUAAGCCAUCAACAUCUGCUGCUUCCAAGCCGAAGCCAAGCAAGACCCCCUCCUAUGGUGGAGCUGGUGGUCGCAUUGUGACCAAGGGUGAGAAGUGGGCUAUCACCUAUACUCCCUACACCUCCAGUGGUGAAUGCAAGUCCUCCAGCGAGGUGCAAGGCGACAUUUCCAAGAUCGCCGGCAUGGGUUUCACCACGAUUCGUUCCUACAGCACCGACUGUGGUGUUUUUGAGAAUGUUGUCCCAGCGUGCCAGGCCCACGGUCUCAAGGUCAUCUACGGCAUCUUCCUCGAGGCCGGCGGCAAGGGUGGAAAGGGACCCUUCUCCGACUACGCCAACCAGCAGCUUGAGGAGAUCAAGAACAAGGCUCCUAAGGACUCCGUUGCCAUGGUCAUCGUCGGUAACGAGUCCCUCUUCAACCACUACUGCACUGCCGAGGAACUCGCUGCGUACAUCGACUACGUCCGUGAGACUCUCCAUGGCGCCGGCUUCCCGUCCGACAUCGCUAUCACCACCACCGAGCCCGUUGACGUGUGGGAGAACAAAGGCGCCGCUCUCUGUAGCCACAUCGAUGUUUUCGCGUGCCAGGUUCAUCCCUUUUUCACCGCCAAGGUCACCGCUUCCGGUGCUGGUAACUUCGCCAAGGAGCAGUUGGAGAAGGCUGCCGCCGUGUGCCCUGAGGCUGCUGCCAAGGGCAAAUACAUCACCGAGAUUGGAUGGCCCAAGUCAGGAGAGGCCAACGGAAACGCUAUUCCUGGGUACUCGGAACAGAAGACCGCGAUCAAGAGCAUUAUGGAGCAGGUUGGAAAGGAGUCUUGCCUUUUCUCGUACCAGGAUGACAAAUGGAAGGCCCCUGGUGCUUUCGGUGUUGAGCAGUACUUCGGUUGCUCCGAUGCCUUGUAA